AUGGCCUCCUUCUUCACGGCUGCCCUGAAGAGCUUCCAGGGGGGCAAAGAGGAGCUGCCCAAGGGCCCCCCGAGGGACGACAAGGCAGCUGCACUGCCCAACGGGAUGGCCCGCGAGGAGUUUGAGGAGUACCAGCGGCAGCUGCUGGAGGAGAAGAUCGAGCGGGACAAGGCUUUUGCGCAGAGGAAGGCAGAGCGGGCCACUGUGAGGAUGCACCUGCGGGACAAGUACCACCUGACCCAGGACGAGCGGGACGAAGCGCAGAUGCACGUGGCCGGCGGGGCGGUGGAGCUACCGCAGGAAUUGGCCGCGAUGGUGCGCGGCGAGGAGGAGGAGAAGGAGGAGGAGGAAGGCGGCACCGGGGCCUUCGCCUUCCUGGCGAAGCUGCGGGAGGUGGAACUGCCGGCGCUGCGGGACCGUGCUCUGGGCGGCGUGGACCAGGUGAAGGAGAAGUGCUCCCUGAUGUAG